AUGUUACGAUUUAGAAGAGGUUUCACAUCUACAAGAGUUCAUUUCCGUGGACAAAAUUUGACUGAAAAAAUUGUACAAAAAUAUGCUGUAAAUUUACCUGCUGGUAAAAAAGUUUACAGUGGAGAUUAUGUAACUAUUAAACCAUCAUAUUGUAUGUCUCAUGAUAAUUCCUGGCCUGUUGCAACUAAAUUUAUGGGAUUAGGUGCUUCAAAAGUUAAAGAUAAUAAACAAAUAGUGUGUACAUUAGAUCAUGAUGUUCAAAAUAAAACUGAAAAGAAUUUGACUAAAUAUAGAAAUAUUGAAAACUUUGCAAAAGAACAAGGUAUUGAUUUUUAUCCUGCUGGUAGAGGUAUUGGUCAUCAAAUUAUGAUUGAAGAAGGUUAUGCAUUCCCAUCAAAUUUAACUGUUGCUUCAGAUUCUCAUUCAAAUACUUAUGGUGGUAUUGGUUCAUUAGGUACACCAAUAGUUAGAACUGAUGCAGCUUCAAUAUGGGCCACUGGUCAAACAUGGUGGCAAAUUCCACCUGUUGCAAAAGUUGAAUUAAUUGGUAAUUUACCAAAAGGUGUUACUGGUAAAGAUAUAAUUGUUACAUUAUGUGGUAUUUUUAAUAAUGAUGAAGUUUUAAAUCAUGCUAUUGAAUUUGUAGGUGAAGGCAUAAAUGAUUUAUCAAUUGAUUAUAGAUUAACAAUUGCAAAUAUGACAACUGAAUGGGGGGCAUUGAGUGGUGUAUUCCCUAUUGAUGAAAAAUUGAUUAAAUUUUAUAAAGAUAGACUUGAAAAAAUUGGUGAUUCACAUGCAAGAAUAAAUAAAGAAACAAUAAGUAACUUAAAGCAAAUUGAAUCUGAUUCAGAUGCAGUUUAUGCAAAACAUUUAACUAUCGAUUUAUCAUCAUUAUCUCCAUUCAUUUCAGGACCAAAUUCGGUUAAAAUAUCCAAUCCAUUAAGUGAUUUAUCUAAACAAAAUAUUUCCAUAAAUAAAGCUUAUUUAGUAAGUUGUACAAAUUCAAGAUUAUCUGAUAUUCAAGCAGCUGCAAAUAUAAUUAAAGGUAAAAAAGUUCAUCCAAAUGUUGAGUUUUACGUUGCUGCUGCUUCAAAUGUAGUUCAAAAAGAUGCUGAACAAACAGGUGCUUGGCAAGAUAUAAUAGAUGCUGGUGCAAAACCAUUACCUGCUGGGUGCGGACCAUGUAUUGGUUUAGGUACUGGUUUAUUGAAAGAUGGUGAAGUUGGUAUUUCAGCAACAAAUCGAAAUUUCAAAGGUAGAAUGGGUUCAAAAGAUGCUUUAGCUUAUUUAGCUUCUCCUGAAGUUGUUGCUGCAAGUGCUAUAUUAGGUAAAAUUGGUUCACCAGAAGAAGUUAAAAAUGGACAAACUAAAGAAUCACCUGAAAUUGUUAAAUCUAUAAAAAUUAAUGAACCACCAAAAGAAACUGCAUCAGGUUCAGUUGAAGUUUUACAAGGUUUCCCCCAAUCUAUAGAAGGUGAAUUGAUACUUUGUGAUGCUGAUAAUAUUAAUACUGAUGGUAUUUAUCCAGGUAAAUAUACUUAUCAAGACGAUAUACCUAAAGAAAAAAUGGCUCAAGUUUGUAUGGAAAAUUAUGAUUCACAAUUUUAUUCAAAAACAAAACCAGGUGAUAUAAUAAUAAGUGGUUAUAAUUUUGGUACUGGUUCAAGUAGAGAACAAGCAGCUACUUGUAUAUUAGCAAGAGGUAUUAAUUUAGUAGUUGCAGGAUCAUUUGGUAAUAUUUUCAGUAGAAACUCAAUUAAUAAUGCAUUGCUUACAUUGGAAAUUCCAAAUUUAAUUAAUAAAUUGAGAGAAAAACAUAAAGGUUCUGAUGAAUUAACAAUUCGAACUGGUUGGAUUUUAAAAUGGGAUGUUACUAAAGCAACCGUUGAAGUUAAAGAUAGUGAUGGAAAUGUUGUUUUAAGUCAAAAAGUUGGUGAAUUAGGUACUAAUUUACAAGACAUCAUAGUUAAAGGUGGUUUAGAAGGAUGGGUUAAAUCAGAAUUAAAAAAGUAA